AUGCUCAUCGCAUCGCUGCUCGUCGUCCUCUUCAAGACCGUCAGCGCCGUCCGCAUGCCCACCGUACGCCUCACCUCCUCCGGCCGCCCCCCUGUCCUCGAGCUGUCCCCCGAGUGCCACUUCCACGGCUUCAUCUCGCACUGCUGGGGGACCGGCCAAGACCAGACGCACACCGUCGUGCGGCGACUCCAGCUUCUUCUCCCCGGCGUCCGGAUCUGGCUCGACGUCGACAACCUCGAUGACGUGGGCAGGCUCGAGGAGGCCGUAGCCGACGCAAUGAACUUUCUCGUCUUCCUCAGCGCCGGAUACUUCAGGAGCUUCAACUGCCGCCGCGAGCUGUACGCGGCGCUCGCCUCAAAUCGGCCCUUCAUCCCCAUCUUCGAGGCUGACGUCGACAAGGGCGGCGCCUCGAUCGAGGCGCUGAAGGCCGAGUGCCGCGAAAACUGCGUCGAGGCCGCCCCUGCUGCCUACCCUAACUACAGCGGGCCAGGCGAGAUGCUCGCGCGCGUGUUUGAGGAGGCGGCGCCGAUCGUGUGGGUGCGGGUGAACGCCUUUCAGCUCGAGUCGCUCAAGGCUGUCGCGCUGCGGAUGCUGCUGCACUCUCCUUUCUACGCGAGCCGCCCGGCCGAGCUCGCCGACGGCGUGAUGGUACCCGGCCAGGCGGGCCCCGUUGCCUUCAGCGGCCCCGUCACCAUCCUCGUGUGCCGCGGCAACGUCGGCGUCCUCGAUUUGUCGGAGCUGGUCAAGACGGCGGCGGGGGAGGGGCGCGGCUCUACCGCCAGCGCCGAGGCGGUUACUGCGGUCGUGAUCCGCGAUGCGGAGGAGGCGCUCGAGGGAGCCAACGCGGCCCCGCUCUCCGGGCACGUAGUGUUCCUGCUCUACCUGAACGAUAAGACCUUUCUGGACUACGGCGGCGUUGUCGCGCGCCUCGUGCAAGCGGCGAUGGAUCGGCGCAUCGCCAUCGCCAUGGUCCACGAGCAGGACCCUAGCUUCGGCGGCGUUCCGUUCCGCAACUUUUUCCAGCAGACGCCGCAGGUGCUGCUGCAGCCGCCGUACAAGCUCUUCGACACGGUGGCGGUGCCGCUCUUCCCGGCUCCGGAGCACCGCACGGUGAGCUUGCGCCUCGUGCUGUGCAGCAUGGGAGCGGUGCCGUGCGACGCGGGGCCGCUCCGGCGGCAGUGGCAGCUCCUCCGCCGCCACAUGGCGGUGGCGCGCCUCGUGCGGCGGCGCCCCGCCGAGCGGCAGCAACUAGAGCAGCCGUAG